AUGAGCCUUUCGCGCCUUCAGGCGGCGGUUCUGGUGACACUAAUUGCGUUACUGGCUUUCCCAGGCGAUGUUGAUGGGAAGCACUCGGGCUGCAGAGAAGAGGCGUGGUCCUACAAGUACAGACCGUCAGCGCAUUGUCGACAUACAGUGAUCAACUUCUGGAGCCUAACCUGCCACGCACAUCGCCCUCAGGACGUCCCACUUGGGUCCACGUCCACACAGUCUGGCCAAGCAGCUUUCGGUGCUGCGCCUCACGGCCAGUCUCGUACCUGUCAUUACAAAUCAGAUGCUCAAGAAGCACCUGGAGCGGGCGCUUCCUUCUCAUGGGCGACGUCCGUUGCUGGGUAUAUCGCGACACCGCAGCGUGGGAAAUCUGGCUGA